GCACUAUCUACCUCCCAUCUCCAUUGACUUUACUCGCCGAUUCUUUCAACUUCUCCCUCUACGGUUUGGCUUCUCGAUUCCCCUUUCUUCUUCAGCGAAGUGUUUUGCAGUGUUAAAUCAGGAAUUGAAGUUGAGAAGAACUGCUGAGUUGAUCAGCAGUUUGGUUAAAUGGGAACUCAACUGGAUUUUCUCAGUUACCUCUGUUAUGACAUGUCAGAGAAGAUUUUCACAUGUUUGGAUGAUCCGUCUGAUAUUGCGCGUGUGAGCUGUGUUUCUCACUCUUGGCGAAAUUUUGGUUGUCUAGAAGUAUGAUUGAUGAGUCUAUAAAAUUCUGAGCAUUGUGGUUGGCCGCUGGGGUACCAUUGUAGUUUGUACUUAGUUGUGCUAUUUUCUCUGAUCAAAGAAGGUAACAGUUUAUAGCAAAAUAGUAGGUAUUGAUUUUUCGUUUGCUCUUUCGUGAAAUUUCCAGUGAUAGCUAAUGGUUUUGCCAAGCAUCUGUGCUUGAGGA